UGUCAGACGCCUUUGACACCGUGGGCUUGGGAGUUAUUUUAGAAGAAUGACCGUCGAGGGAGACGUCAUCAUGUUAGGACUACAAGCAUAGCACGUGGAACUUAUGAGGUGCUAACCUAUCACAGAGGUCCGGGUAGAGGCCAUAAUAUACAUGUUGUAGAUUACCGUGAAAAGAGAUGCUCAUUUGGAAAGUGGCAGACCUGGAGAAUGCCUUGCUCUCACGCUGUUGCGGUGCUGAGAGAACGCAGUGAUGACAUCUUUAGUCAUGUUGAUUCCCGAUACCAUACAGAUGUUUGGAUUCACCAGUACGCAGCUGCGUUCCGUCCACUGAGACACCAAGGUUAUUGGUAUGAACCUGAAUGGACACUGGAAUGUUCACCAGCACGGCUACUUCCUCGUUCACGUGGGCGGUACAACAGAAGCAGGAUACACAACCAAAUGGAUGAGCGCGAAGAAGAUGCGCCAAGAGCUCCUCCUCGAUGCCGCCUUUGUGGAGAGACCGGCCACAAUAGAAGAAAGUGCACUUUAGGACGUGUUGUGUAGUCAUAUUAUAUUUGAGAAUCGUGAUUGAGGCUUGAAUUUUAUUAUGUGUUUGAACCAUG